AUGCCCCGCACUAGCUUCUCGCGAAAUCCCUUGCUGAGGGUCUCACGGCCAGUGUCGGCGUGCUCACGAUGUCGCGCCGCCAAGGUCAAGUGUGAUGGCAAGUUACCAGCUUGCACCGCUUGUGAAAAGGCCGGCCGUGAAAACGAAUGCUCGGCGGCCAACGACCAAUUCGCUAGGGGCAAGGAACGAAGCUAUGUUGCUGCCCUUGAACUCCGCAUUGAGAAGCUCGACCGACGCCUGGAGUAUGCGAAGCGCCGAAAGGCAUCUGUCGCACAGUAUGAAGUCGAUGGCGCAACUAACGCCACUAUGACCGAGGCAGAAAGGAGAGACUCACUGGCAGCUAUCCGAGCUGCAAUCCAUCGCAAGGCAGCUCGCAACCGGGAGAACUCUGACGUUAACUCUCUAGUGUCGGACUUUGGCAUCUUGUCGGUUGAUGCCACAACCAGAGACUUUGAGCCAUCUCAGGGCAAUAUCACCUUUGCAAGGCUUGUCUUGGCGGCUACGACAAAAGACGCGCUGCCUGAGUCAACACAAGCUAUGUUGCCUUCCAGACAGGUUGCCAACGCAACAGUCCAGUAUUUCAUGGCGAAUAUUUACUCUCUGUUUCCCUGUUUCUCUGAGACUGCCCUGUUGACAAUAUUGGAUGACGUGUAUCACCAAGAUGGCCGCGUGAUCAAGGACUCUGAUUACUGGCUGCUAUAUUUGGUUCUCGCCAUAGGCUCAACAGCUCAGAGUUGCAAUGCCAGAGAUAAAAACUACAACAACGGUGUUGAGCAUGUUUGCAAGGCAUUGUCUUAUGCUGACGGGGCUCUGGGGCCAGGAUAUGUCACACAGAUCCAGUCGCUGCUUUUGCUAACCCUGUAUUCCAUGCUGGACCCAGUUCACUUUGAUACUUGGCAUUUGAUAGGAUUCACAUCCCGUGCCGUGGUUGACCUGGGCUUGCACCAGGACCCCCCUACGUCAUCGGCGUCUGACCGGUUGGCUCUCGAUAUGCGCCGCAAGAUAUUCUACUGCACCUAUGCUCUUGAUCGGUUGGUCGUUCCGCUCCCGCUAUAUUCGUGGCCGCGUGCUUACUUUGAAAUCAGUACCAUCAGUAUGGCUCAUGCCCGUAGCUUCUCAUUUGCAGACGAAUCCAUCAACGUAGAGUUCCCUCAGUCAUCGGAUCUGGGCGACAAGAAGGCAACACCUGGGCCCAUUUCUGGGCCGCAGUCAGCAGAUCCCGCGUUGUUGCUUUGUCAGCUCCGCCGAGCACAGUCAUACUGGUAUCAAGUACUCUAUCAAUCAGAGCCGACACCUUUGCCGAAUCCUACUGGGUUUCUCUGGCAGAUGUGCUUAGAAAUGAGAGAGUGGCAGCAGUCUCUUCCAGACACGCUGCCACCUGGCAUUCGACAAAUGUUCGAGCAAGAAUUGCGCUACAGCUAUGUAUACUGCAUUGCGCCAUCAGCUCGAGGUCCUCAAAUUACCGACUACAUUCGUAUCCUGAUAUUUGAGUACUCUCUGGAGUAUCUCAACAACAUGUACGAUAUUGCAUACGGCGGCUUAAACAGUGCAUUUUAUACAUACCACGACGCUCUCAAGGUCUACUUCAUGGCCAAUCAGUUCCUAGCGGUCCUACGAGACGCGCAGGAUUUACUUCUCUCAGGACAGCAUGUUCCUCCGCCGGCAGUUCCCCCUGGGUCUCCGCCCCCUCCACCUAUUCCUCGCCGCAUCGUGAGACCUGGAAUUCCCGUGGAAAGCAAUCUCGAUAGAACUAUUUGGUGUUUAGAACGCAUUCCCAAGACAUUGGAGCUCUAUGGCGUCAGAUGGGAGGAUGCCCUGAUGCUGAAGCGAAGUUUUGAGCAAUUGUCCAGCGAGACGGUGGACAGAUUAGGAGGUCUUCGGCAGAUGCCGGGCCACAAUCCAUAUCAAAAUAACGUACAGUCCAUUAGUCCUCCUGGAGCAGUUCAAGUGCAAGGGCAGCAGGCGCCGGCUGGUAUGAGAUGGAUUGGGGUGGAUGCCGCCCAAAUGAUGCAUGGAGGGCCACGCGGGUAG